CAGUUCUGGCGGUUUCUGCUGCGGGCUUAAUUGCAUUCCUAUACAAGCACCCUUAUUACUUAUUGCUGCUCUGCAACGGUUUGGGACUCCGUGACGACUGCUGCUAGCACCUUGUCCCUGGCAUCAAGAAGUUAAAGAUAUGCCCACUUGACCAGGGAUGGCACGAUGUCAGGUCUCUCAUGUCAUUCUCUAAUAGCUUGGAAAGGACGGCAGGUUUUUGUGCCGUCUCUUAAGCAGGUUCUUCUUCACCCCCUCCGUUUGCAUCCAGCCGAAUACGCGCAGCCCGAUUUCCACCACCAUUCAUCCCACUAACGAUGCGACUCCAAUCAUACUUUACAACCCGUACUCCGAUUAGCGACUUAUUUACCAAUUCGCUUGUGUUAGCCGGACUAUGCAGAAGACACUCGCCGCGGAAAAGACGGCUUGCAGGAAUGUCGAGGCACUCGUCUCACGCAGCGAUGCCAAUGUCCCAGGAUAUACAGUCGCAAGAGCAGGGUACUAACAGAAGCAGCAUCAGCCUGCAAACAUCCGAUCCGCAUGAAAGGGAUUCGAUUAUUUCGCAAGAAGCAACAAAAGGAUCUUCCAUAGCCAGUGAUCAGAAAUCGCAUCAUUCCACGCUACCCACAGACUUUACAAUUGACCACGCCGCAUUCAGAAGAGCAGCUGCUUCGAAACUUGACGAUACCAAACACCUUUUCAGGUUGUACCUUGAGACAUUGGGCAAGAAGGAAGGCCUAAAAUCCCUUCAGGUUGUGUUAUCAAAUCCGGCAAGGGAAAUAUGUUUGCCUCAGAAAAAACAGCCAGAACGUUAUCUUCCCGAUGCAACCGAAAUCCAUGGGGUUCAGCGGCUAGUGGAUCUAUUGAAUGACGAACGCAGCUCCAAUCAACAAAUCUUUAGAGCAUAUAAAGACCUCCCGUCACCUGGUGUAUUAUAUCUCUCUGCUCGGAGCAGAAGGCUUCUGUUGCAUCGCUUCGCAAGCCCACCCCGCCGUCUACGUAUCCAUGCCGAACGAUAUCUGAAAUUGAUAGAUGAUAUGGCCGAAGCAUCAUUUUAUAUAUCACCUUCAUUAUGGACUGCAGCGAUUCAUCUGGCGGGGAAGUCCUAUACUUCGGUCAAGAAGCCCGAUCUGAGAUCAUCGCUUGGAAUGUGGAGGCGGAUGGAGCAUGAAGGCUCAGUCCCGAGUUCCAGCAUAGCAUUCAAUAUAUUGUAUGACGUCGCUAUUAAGGCGAGACAGUGGAAAGUUGCUGAUAAAAUUAUUGAAGAAAUGAAAGCUCGUGGAUUAGAGCUCUCUCGAUUUGGAAGGGUGGCUCAUAUAUUUUCCCAUGGGCUACGAGGAGAUGCUGAAGGGGUUCGGAAAGCUUAUCAUGAAUUCAUUCAACUUGGCGAAGUAGUUGAUACCGUGGUUCUAAACUGCGUCAUGGUCUCGCUCCUACGGUGUGGCGAGCAACAUGUUGCAGAGAAAAUGUAUGAGCGUAUGAAGGACAUGUACCUUUCCCUAAAGUCACAGCACCCCGAACUCCUACAUUCGACUGUGUAUCCCUCUCCCUCCGACAAUUACGCUGCCUAUAGAAAGGCAACUAAGAGACUCGGCCGCGUUCUCGGGAUGACGACCUUUCUCAGAGAUAAGCUUCCAGAACACCACCGUGCAUUACAGAGAGCGAUGCCAUUGACUCCAGAUGGUAAGACCUUCCAUAUAUUUCUAUGGCACCACGCAAACGUCACAGGUGAUUUACCACGUGUCAUGGCCCUUCUUGAGGACAUGAAAGUCACAUUCGCUAUCCCCCCGCAAGGGAUGAUCUACAUAUUUUUAUUUCACGGCUUCGCUGCCCAUGGCGGAAAAAAAGACACCCAGUGGACAUACAAACGCCUUAAAGGCGUAUGGAAACACUUCCUUCGAGCUCUGUACCAUUCGAAGGCUGAGCUUAGUUCCAAACGAAGUACCAAAUGUCGAAGGGAAAAGUUUGUUUGGGAGAGCCCAUUAGCCAAUAAAGCAGAAGCAUCUUCUCGCGGACCAGAGAGUGCUGAAGAAGCCGACGAUGAAACGUCGAAACCAACGCUGUACGCGAGCGAAAGAGGAGUAGACCAAGCUUCUUCAUGGACUGCUUUGACCGGGGAUGGACCUCCUAAUCCCUUUGAGGAAGACGAAGCCGAUGAUGACUGGCGGUAUGAAAAUUCUGUCUACUUGGGCCGAAAAUUGAUUGUUUCCUGUCUAAGAGCGCACGCUGCUUGCGGUGGGCCCGAAGCUGUGAUGGAUGUCUGGGAACGAAUAGAGCGCCUCUGGAAGCCCGAGUCACAGAAGAAAGCAGAUAUCCUUGCUGUUAAAGCAGUUCUUGGACAGCUCGUUCCUGGAAGCUUUAAAGCGCCUAAAUAG